CAAAAUGGCCGAUAGUAAACUAACCGAUCAUACAGCGUCUGACAGUCAUCAAGGGUUUAUGCAUGUUUUGUUUACAGCUUGAGAAUUACAGCCGCGCAAAAAGGACACUCGCCUUUACGCGUUUUUUUUCUACAAUUAACUUUUCGCCUUUCGGUGAUGUCAUUUCUUAUUCAACUUAGCCUUGAAAGCCUCGAAGAACUAGCUCGCUAAGCUAGCUACCUUGCUAGCCUGCUAGCGGUAGGUCUGCAAGAAUUUUUGCACAGAAGCACUUUAUGUCCUUUGUGAUUCCCGAGACAGGAGAAUCAGGAAAGGGAACAGCAGUUCAUGGAAGACAAGAAAAAGAAGAAAGAAGAUAAAAAGAAAAGGGAAACCUCUCAGAAGGUGCCAGAACCGAAAAUCAAAGUGCCAGAAUCAGCCAAGCCCUCCUGUACCCAGCCGCUCGCCACCCCAGGCUCAGUGUCCCCCAGCCCUGGCCCUAUUGCCCCCUCAUCCCCCAGUCCUGGUGCAGCUGGGGUUUCUGCACAAGUUCCUCCUGGUGGUGGGAACAAUGCAAAGCAGCGGACUGCUGUGGCCAACGGACAGCCCUCCUCCCCCUCUGGAAGCCAGACCUCCCAGCAGCAGCGAUACAUGUCCAGAGAGGUACCACCAAGAUUUCGCUGCCAGCAGGACCACAAAGUGCUACUGAAGAGGGGCCAGCCACCGCUGUCCUCCAUGCUGCUGGGGGGAGGAGGAGGGGAAGGGGGUGCAGGAGGGGUUGGAGUAGGCAGUGGCUGGGGAGCCGCCUCACCUCUUUCCUCACAGGGAUCAGAUAACCCCAAUGCAAACACAGCUGGAGCCACAGAUUCCAACCUGGGUUCAUCCUCUCCUUCACCCCCCACCUCCUCGUCAUCCUCAUUAUGUGUCGCUGGUCUGUCACCGUCUUCUACUACUACUACUACUUCAACUUAUGCAAAUUCCACAUGGGGGGCAGGCUCUGUCAGCCAGUCCUCCUCUCAGGGCUGUGGGAAGGUGAUUGUGGAUGGGACUGACCUGGAGGAUUGGCCUAGCAUCCUAGGCGGGGCCAAAUUGAAUUCUGAUGGGGCUGCGGGAGGAGCGCAGGAGCAAGACUGCCCCGGUAACAACAACAACAGUAGUGCCUCAUGGAGCGAGAGAAACAUCCAGCAGAAAGGAGGAGCAGCAGUAGGAGGAGGAGGAGCAGGGAACAUGGACAAUCCCUCCCCGCCUCGUUCUUCUCCCCUAUCCUCCUCGUCUUCGCUUAAUGAAUGUGUUCAGUCAAGUGGUGGUGUGUGGGGUUCCUCCACCUCCUCUCAGGUGGAGGCAGGGCUGGGAUCAGCAGCAUUUUACAAUUCCAAAGUCUCCCAUCUUCUUCCUGGGCCUCAGGAGAGCCCUGUAGGUGGUAACAGCAGCGUCCCUGGUGCCAAUUUCAACCCCAACGUGAACCCCUCCGCCUGGCCCGCCCUAGUACAGGGCGGGACACCAACUUCGGCUAGCGACGGCCUUCCUCUACACGCGUCCAUUACAUCAGCUUCCUCGUUCUCUGCCAGCACCACCCUCAUCACCACUCACUCUCUUUCAUCUGUGAAUCAAACUGGCCUCCAUAGGCAGCACACUGACACAGCUGUGGUAACCAGGAGUGGAGAACAGCAGCAGCAGCACUUGGGUAACCCAGGACUGGAGCUCGGUUCAGACGGAGGUGCGGGAGGAGUAGGGACAGGACCAGGACCAAAUCAAGAGGGUGGCAGUGAGAGGGAGAGUGUCACUGGUGUCGAAGAAGGGAGUGGGAAUCUCUCUGGCUCUUCAUCCUCUUCCUCUGCUGCCUCUUCGUCUUGGAGAUCCAUGCCUCCAGUGUCCUCUGACCUCAGUGCAGGUGUCUCACAGGCAGAUGGGUGGAGGGGAGGAGGGACUGGAGCUCAAGGGCAGGAAGGGAAUGUAUGGGGCUUUGGUAGCCAGGCUGACAAGGCAGGGUGGGGUGGGGGAAAUGACGGUGGCUCAAAUACCCCAGUGGUAUCUCAGGGAGCGUGGGAAGACGGGAGUUCGGAAGCAGAGUGGGGCGGCACAGCGGGAGGUGUAAGUUCAAGUAACUUAGCAAUAGGAAGUGGUAGAGGAGGAGACGGAAGCAGCAACAGCAGCAGUAGUGGAGGCAGCGCGGGUGUCAGCGGCGGCAGCGUUUUGCCGGACUCUGCCUCACCAAAGUUUGCAACUAUAACAAAAGCUUGGGACAAUCAGAAAGGGAUGGAGAGUGGGGAUAGGGCAGUCGGGGAGUGGGAUGGAGCAGGAGGAGGGGGACAGGGUGGAGGCACUGGAGGUGGAGGACCUUCAUCCUCUAGUGGAGGAGGGUCCAUAGCUGGAAGCAGUGGAGGAGGGAGUGGUAGCGGACCGAAGCAGGAGCAAGCCUCGUCUGUGCACAACCACUCCCAGCAGACCUCCAAUGCUGAAGUGGCCUUACUGAGCAUGCUCAAUCGAUCUGACUUGGAUCCCAGGGUUCUGUCUAACACAGGCUGGGGGCAGACCCAGAUUCGACAGAAUGUGGCCUGGGACCUGGACACCAAGGCGGGAGCAGCCAAAAGAAAUGAAAGAAGUACUUCUUCUUCUUCCUCUGCAUUCUCUUCAGGAACCAUGAACACUACCACUAGUCGCGGUCCUGGGUACCCGUCUAACACCAGUUCAAUAACUAAUGAUCCAUCUGCUGGCAGUCACUCGACCAGCAUGAACUCUGGCCCCGCUUCAGUGAGGGAUGGUUGGGAGGGCGGUGCUCCACAGUCCACUUGUGGUUCUCACAUGCCUGGCAGCACUAUAAAGAAGCCAGGAACACCAGAAGAUGAUAUGGAGGGCAACCAGGCAAAGGCAGCUCGAGGAUGGGGUGAACUCCCACCUGAAAACCAGGGCAAAGGAUGGGGGACUGAAGAACAACAAUGGGGGGAUCGAGGAGGAGGGGGAGGGAACUGGAGAGACUGUGGAGAACAGGGUAGUGGGUGGGGUGAUGGUCCAGAGGAAAAAGGGACAGGGGGAUGGAAGGGGACAGGAAGAGGAGAAGUAAGUGGUUGGGGAGGGAAAAGUGGAGGAGGAGGAGGAGGAGGAGGAGACUGGGGACAAAGAGACUUUAAAGAGACACCUGGAGGUGGGUGGGGAGACGGGCGUAACAGAGGUGGAAGCAACUCUGAUGAGGGAUCUUCCUGGGGUAAUUUGGACGAAGGGGGAUCUCAGCGUGGAGGAUGGGGAGGGGGAGAUGUGGGUGGAGGCAAAUCCCACCAGGACUGGGGGAGCGCCAAGCCCCACGCAGCAGCAGCAGCAGCAGCAGCAGCAGCAGCAGCAGCAGCAGCAGCAGCAGCACAGAUACCAAACAGCCAAGUGGCAACAAUGAAAGCCCCAAAUCAACAGCAGCACCAAUCACAGGGCCAGCAGCCACCAGGAGGACCCACACAAGGAGGGUGGAACAGCCGGCCUAGCGUCGGAGGUGGAGGCACACCAUCCAAGAAUCAGAACCAAAGUUCGGGCUGGACCUCCGGCCCUAUCCCCCAAAUCUCCGGUGGCGGGGCUGACACCCUGGAGUCAAGCGGCUGGGAAGAGCCGUCUCCCCAGUCCAUCAGCCGCAAAAUGGAAAUCGACGACGGCACUUCAGCCUGGGGGGACCCAACCCGCUACAACAGCAAGAAUGUGAACCUGUGGGACAAAAAAAGCGCUACGCCUGGCCAAAGUCACAGUCAGCAGGCCCCACCACCGUCCAUGCAGCAACAGCCACCUAGAAGGCAGCAGGCGAUGCAGCACAGCAGGGACACAAACCCUAGCAACUCAGCAGUCGGCCCGGGUAUGUGGGGAGGUGCACAAUCUGUUGAUAAUGGUACCACUGCUUGGGGCCAGACAUCGGAAACAGCAAUAGGGUGGAGUGAACCAGAUGAACCCGGAAAAACUUCUGGCUGGGGGAACCCAUCACCUAACCCUGGUAAACCUGUCACAAAGUCGAUGGAAGGCUGGGGCGGGAAGGGAGAGGGAUCUGUGGCCGCCUCCCGACACCCCAGCUGGGACGAGGAAGAUGAUGGUAGCGGAGGGGUCUGGAACAGCACUGGCUCCCAGGGAAGCAGCUCUUCCUUUAACUCCGGAGGCUGGGGUCAGACUCACGGAGGAAAGAGAGGCAACAUGAAGGGUGGAGGAGGCGAAAGCUGGAUGAACCCAGUGUCACGUCAGUUUUCAAACAUGGGUCUCCUGGGUGACGACCCAAGUGUUGAUAAGAAGAUGGAAGGAGACAAGAGAGGAAUAACUGACUAUAAUGGAGAGAUGAGGAGGGGAGGACGAGGUGGAGGAGGUUACCGGAUGCCUAGUUCCAAAGACAUGGGUCCUGCUGAAAUGGGGCCCUAUGGUGAAAAAAUGGGUGGCCACGGAGUAUAUGUUGGCAGUGGUGGAGGGAUGCCUCAGCCUCGAGGGAUGCACCAGCCUGGCAUGCAUCCCAUGAACCCUUCCCCAGGGUUACGUGCUCAAGUGCCUCAUCAGUACCUGUCUGCUCAGGUGCCGGGUCCUAUGCUGAAGCAGAUGCCCUCUCCUGGCGGCAGCGUGGGUGGAGUGGUUGGAGGAGUAGGAGGAGUAGGAGGAGUAGGAGGAGUAGGAGGAGGAGUAGGAGGAGUAGGAGGAGUAGGAGGUGUGGGAGGUGUCAGUGGCGUUGGAAGUGUCGGUGGGGUCGGCGGUGUUGGCGGUGCUGGCGGAGGAAUGUUCCCUCCUCAGAUAUCCCCACAGCAGCUAGCAAUGCUCAGCAACAUUUACCCCCACAUGCAGCAGUUUCAUCUGGCUUGUCAACUCCUGCUACAACAGCAGCAACAGCAGCAGCAGCAGCAGCAGCUCCUGCAGAACCAGAGGAAGUUCCCUCAACCUCAGCCUCUCAGGCAGCAGCCAGACCCACAGCAGCUGGCAAGGAUUAUGGCUAUUCUGCAGCAGCAAAGACAGCAUGGAGGAGUUGGAGGAGGAGCAGCAGCAGGAGGGGGCUCCAAACUCUCUCCGUCUCACCUGGGCCUAUCUAAACAGCCCAUGGUAGACCCCCUUCCGCAUCCCGGGAUGGGCGGCCCCUUAUCAGACCUUCAUGCCAAAACCCAAGGGAUGUACUCUGGGCUCGCCCCUGGCAGUAACCUGGCAGGAUUGGAGCUCAGUCCCAUGAUGGGAGGGAUGAAGGACACAGGAGGACAGCAGUCCCGCUUCAAAUGGAUGAUGGAGGGACAUUCUCCAGCUCCAUCUCCACCUGACACGAACCUUCACAAAAAUGGCCCUUUACCCAGCGCUAUAAAAGUGAGAGGAGGAUCCCCUUACUCCCAGUAUGACAUGCUGGGCAGUGAAGGUUUAGGUAUUCCCCCUCAAAGCUCAGCAGACAACUGGCACCGGACCCCCGGGAGUAAAAUGGGGAACAAACCUGCCACAUCGAGCUGGCCUCCAGAGUUCCAGCCUGGUGUGCCCUGGAAGGGAAUCCAGAGUAGUGGAGACCCAGAGUCUGACCCCUACAUGACUCCCGGUAGUGUUCUUGGUUCCCCAGGACCCCAAACCCUUAACGACUCUGACCACCAGUUACUGCGAGACAACAUAGGGCCAAACCCCUCCCUCAACACCUCGCUGCCUUCACCUGGUGCCUGGCCCUACAGUGCCUCAGACAGCCCCCUCAGCAAUGCACACAGCACAGGAAAGUACUCGGAGUACAAACCCAGCUGGCCCCCAGAGCCCAUCGGACAAAACAAGUUGUGGAAGACCAAUCGCACCAGCUCACAGCUGCCACGCCCCCCUCCUGGCUUAACCAAUCAGAAGCAGGCAUCACCAUCCCCAUGGGGUAGUGGAGGCCCGCGGUUAGCCCGGGGCUGGGGAGGGGGUGGGAUUAACCAAGAGUCAAGAUUUGGGCCAGGCUCAGCUUGGAGCGACGGUGUGGCCUCCAGAGGCAGUUGCUGGUUGCUGCUGAGCAACCUGACCCCUCAGAUCGAUGGCUCCACACUGAGGACUAUCUGCAUGCAGCACGGCCCCCUGCUGACCUUCCACCUCGGCCUGACCCAGGGCAGCGCUCUGAUUCGCUACAGCAGCCGGCAGGAAGCAGCCAAGGCCCAGGGUGCACUGCACAUGUGUGUACUGGGCAACACCACAAUCCUGGCGGAGUUUGUGAGUGAGGAAGAAGUUGCUCGCUAUUUUGCACAUUCCCAGGCCGGAGGGGCAGAGGGGGCCAGCUCAGGAGGGGCAGCUGCUGGCGGGACACAGGGCUCAUCUGGAACAGGCACAGCCGUGGCCAGCAGCGGAGGUAGCUCCCCGGGAAGUGAGCGGGCGGCAGCGGGCACAACUUCAGGUGGAAACGGAAACGGUGGUGGAGGAGGGGAAAGCGGAGGCGCAGGUUUAGGUAGUGUAAGGUCCCCCGGCUCCGGCUGGCAGAGUCUCGAUGGUACAGGCAGUUCUUCUGAAACGUCUUCAGCCCAAGGACCAGGGCUGGGGAUAUUUUCCCAGUGGAGCACUAACGGGGCAGGGGAGGGAGGAGGUGUCGGGGGAGUAGAGUCCGGGAGGUCCGGACUGUGGGGGGGCAUGACUGCGGGAUAUCCCAGCAGCAGUCUGUGGGGGGCACCGCAAAUUGAGGAAAGGCACCAAAUGGACAGCCCUGCCGCUUUGUUGCCCGGCGAUCUGCUGGGAGGAGGAGCUGAUUCCAUCUGAAGAGCCCCACCCCCCAUCCCCACCCCCACCCCUCUCCAAUUUGUACGUGUAGGUUUGGACACUGAUACGACAUACACUGGGAUACAUAUGUACUUACUAUAGCACACACACACAUUUACAUGGUAUGCAUAUUAAUGUACUACACAUUUACACACAUGUGCAUACAUAUACAUGGUAUGCAUAUUAAUGUGCACACACACAUAAAGCAGAAAUGUGAGACAUGCUUACACACAUUCUCGUGGCCAGACUUAAGCUAUUAUAUAAACAAAUGCAGGGACUGUUAGAUGUGUAUACAGCCUUUUUCCACAGAUGAAGAUUUCAACUGCUUAGACUUGAAACCUGAAAGAAAAAAAAAAGAAUGAAAAGUCAGUUGGUCUGAAAGACUUGACUGGAUUGCAAUGUGCUUAGUAAAUAGGGGACUUUUCAACAGAUUUACAUACACAUGCACACACCAAAAACAGACAAGCCUUCAGACAGAUGGGCACUGUAAACAGCAUUACCUUCAUCGUAUAAGAGAUCUUAAAACUACUACAUGAUGUGAGGUUUAAAGUGCAGUUUGUAUUCACGUCUCCUUAAAAACAAAAAGGAAGAAAAAAAAAAAGGAGACCGAAUCCAAACACAUGCAAACAGCUCUGAUUGACAACAAAACUGUAUCUUACUGUGUAUGUUGAGUUUGGGGUUGUUUUUUUUCAGUUUGUUUGUAUGUAUGGUUUUAAUUUUUUGAACAGUGAAAAUAUUGAAAAAUGUCAUUGUUUUGUUUUCAAAAUGCUGACCUCCUACUGUUGUAUCUUGCGCACUCUUUCUCUGUUAUUCUCUCUUGAACAUGUUUGUUACUGUUGCAGUGAUAAAUGUUAAAAAUUGCUGGCAGUUUGAGGCUAUGUUGCAUUUCUCCAUGUGUGGAUACUGCGCACGGUGUCACACACACUAUGUGGACAUGAGUAUGAGUGAGACUGAGACCAAGUAAGUGGAUUAAACCACCACAGUUUUGUGCGUGUGUGUGAAUGUGAGGACAAUGUGUGUGUGCAUGUUACUGCCUGUCAUUAAUGUGGGCAAGGCUGCUUUCUAUACAGAAGGUCUAUACAAAAUGUUUUGAGUGCAUUCGGUAUACUGCUGACUGUGUGUUAAGAAAUAUUGGCACUAAUGCUUUUUCUCUCAUUUGAAGUUGUUUGUUUUUCUUUUUUUUUUUAGCAGACUCGUCUUUUUUAUUGUCCGACCUGCAAUAAUAAAAAAAAAAGAACAUUUUAAUGACACAAAGAGCUGAAGGCAUACGCGUUGAGAAAAUGGACAUGCCAAAUCUUAUCAAACUGUGUGGAACGGGAGGGAGGGGUGGGACGGGUUGUUUACAGAUGCAGAGUAAGAGUUACCGUACGUUUUUAAUGUUUUGUUGUUGUGUAUUUGUUUUAAAUUAAGACAGGCUUUAACACUCCUGUUCAGUGUUUUCGUUUUGAGAUUUUACAAAGGAAAAAUUUAUUUAAACAAAUGAGAACAAGAUUAAUAAAGAUGAAAGUAUUGGCU